AUGGUGGAUUUAGAUAGUGAGGUUCCUCCACUACCCCCCAGGUACAGAUUCCGGGAUCUGCUGUUAGGGGAACAGGGAUGGCAGACAGAUGACAGGGUGCAAGUGGAAUUUUAUGUCAAUGAAAACACCUUCAAAGAAAGGCUGAAACUGUUCUUUAUCAAAAACCAAAGAUCAAGUCUCAGAAUUCGUCUGUUUAAUUUUUCCCUCAAGUUACUCAGCUGCAUGCUCUAUAUAGCUCGGGUACUACUAGAUGAACGUCCUUCAGACAAUGGAUGGAUUUCAAUAAUAUGGGUGAAAAGGAGUCUACCCCUAUGGGGGCUUCAGGUGACAGUGGCUAUAAUCAGCCUAUUUGAAACCAUUCUGCUUAGUUAUCUCAGUUAUAAGGGAAACAUUUGGGAACAGAUUUUACGAAUACCCUUUAUUUUGGAAAUGAUCAACACUGUACCGUUUAUAAUCACAAUUUUCUGGCCAUCUUUAAGGGAAUUAUUUGUUCCUGUUUUCUUAAACUGCUGGCUGGCUAAACAUGCUUUGGAGAACAUGAUAAAUGAUCUCCACAGAGCGAUUCAGCGCACACAGUCUGCCAUGUUUAAUCAAGUCUUAAUAUUGAUAUCAACCUUACUGUGUCUUAUCUUCACUUGUAUCUGUGGGAUCCAACAUCUGGAACGAGCAGGGAAUAAACUGACUCUCUUUGACUCUCUAUAUUUCUGUAUUGUGACAUUUUCCACUGUGGGUUUUGGAGAUGUGACCCCAAAGAUUUGGUCUUCCAAGCUCCUGGUGGUGAUCAUGAUCUGCGUAGCUCUUGUGGUUCUUCCCAUACAGUUCGAGCAGCUGGCCUACUGUUGGAUGGAAAGACAGAAGUCAGGUGGGAAUUACAGUCGUCACCGAGCUCAGACAGAGAAGCACGUGGUGCUUUGUGUAAGCUCCCUGAAGAUAGAUUUGCUGAUGGAUUUCCUGAAUGAGUUCUAUGCACACCCCAGACUACAGGAUUAUUAUGUAGUGAUCUUAUGUCCCACAGAGAUGGACGUGCAGGUUAGACGGGUGCUUCAGAUACCAAUGUGGUCCCAACGAGUCAUCUACCUGCAAGGAUCAGCUCUUAAGGAUCAAGACCUCCUGAGGGCAAAGAUGGACGAUGCAGAGGCUUGCUUUAUAUUGAGCAGUAGGUGUGAAGUGGACAGAACGGCUGCCGAUCAUCAGACAAUACUCAGAGCCUGGGCUGUUAAAGACUUUGCACCAAACUGCCCUCUGUAUGUUCAGAUCUUGAAGCCUGAGAAUAAAUUCCACGUUAAGUUUGCAGACCAUGUUGUAUGUGAGGAGGAAUUUAAGUACGCCAUGCUGGCACUGAACUGCAUCUGCCCAGCCACCUCUACCCUCAUUACUCUGCUGGUCCAUACAUCCAGAGGACAGGAGGGUCAGCAGUCCCCGGAGCAGUGGCAAAAGAUGUACGGCCGAUGUUCUGGCAAUGAAAUCUACCACAUCAAGAUGGAAGAGAGCAUCUUCUUCGCUGAAUACGAGGGGAAAAGCUUCACAUACGCCUCUUUCCAUGCUCAUAAAAAAUUUGGUGUUUGCCUGACCGGUGUAAGAAGAGAGGAUAACAAGAAUAUUUUACUAAACCCAGGGCCACGAUACAUCAUGAACUCCACAGACACCUGCUUCUAUAUCCACGUCACCAAGGAAGAGAACUCAGCGUUCAAAAAGCAGGAACAGCUUGAAAAGUUACGCAAAUAUAAAUCAUCCUAUCAUGGGCCGUCCCGGCUGCCAGUCCAUAGUAUAAUCGCCAGUAUGGGUACUGUGGCAAUAGAUCUUCAAGACACCGGCCGUCACUCCAGCAGUGGCCCAAUGCUUAAACUCCCAUCAGAAGGUGGCAAAGAGGGCAGAAGACCUAGUAUUGCCCCUGUCCUAGAGGUGGCUGACAAUUCAUCAAUGCAGCCGUGUGAUCUGCUUAGUGACCAAUCAGAAGAUGAGACCAACCUUUCUGACGAAGAGUGUUCUGAUACUAAGGAGUACACCAAGGGAUAUCCUCCUAACUCCCCAUACAUAGGAAGCUCACCCACAUUUUGUCACCUUCUACAAGAAAAAGUACCCUUCUGCUGCCUGAGAUUAGACAAGGGUUGUCAGCAUAACUAUUACGAAGAUGCCAGAGCUUAUGGCUUCAAGAAUAAAGUCAUUAUUGUUGCUGCAGAGACAGCUGGCAAUGGAUUGUAUAAUUUUAUUGUUCCUCUCAGAGCUUACUACAGACCAAAGAAAGAGUUGAACCCCAUCAUAUUACUGCUUGACAACCCGCCAGAUAUGCAUUUUUUGGAUGCAAUCUGCUGGUUUCCUACGGUUUACUACAUGGUGGGCUGCAUUGACAACCUAGAUGACUUGCUCAGGUGCGGUGUCACCUCUGCAGCCAACAUGGUUGUUGUAGAUAAAGAGAGCACCAUGAGUGCUGAAGAGGACUACAUGGCCGAUGCAAAGACCAUUGUCAAUGUGCAGACACUCUUCAGGUUGUUCUCAAGUCUUAGCAUAAUUACGGAGCUCACCCAUCCAGCUAAUAUGAGGUUUAUGCAAUUCAGAGCCAAGGACUGUUACUCGUUAGCGCUUUCUAAACUUGAAAAGAAAGAACGCGAGCGGGGCUCUAAUUUGGCAUUCAUGUUUCGCCUUCCUUUUGCCGCUGGAAGAGUAUUUAGCAUCAGUAUGUUGGAUACAUUGUUAUAUCAGUCGUUUGUGAAAGAUUACAUGAUCUCCAUAACACGCCUUUUGCUGGGUCUGGACACCACUCCAGGAUCUGGGUUCCUUUGUUCUAUGAAGAUUACAGAGGAUGAUCUGUGGAUCCGGACGUAUGGACGACUUUAUCAGAAGCUUUGCUCUUCUACUGGAGACAUUCCCAUUGGCAUCUACAGGACAGAAAGCCAGAAACUGACCACGUCAGAGUCACAGAUUUCGAUCAGUGUAGAAGAAUGGGAAGACACAAAGGAAACCAAAGAACAAAGCACAAGCCGUAACAAUCAUAGAAAUUCCACAUCUAGUGACCAAUCAGAUCAUCCCCUGCUGAGACGCAAGAGCAUGCAGUGGGCCAGGAGGCUGAGCAGGAAAGUUCCCCGUCACUCCAACAAAACAGCAGAAAGAAUCAGUCAGCAAAGGAUGACUCUGUGCCGGAGAUCAGAGCGCCAGGAACUGGCAGAGUUGGUGAAAAACAGAAUGAAACACUUAGGACUUUCUACAGCCGGUUAUGAUGAGAUGAACGAUCAGCAGAACACCCUGUCCUACAUCCUCAUCAAUCCUUCCCCAGACACGCGGUUGGAGCUGAGUGAUGUUGUUUAUUUGAUCAGACCAGACCCACUGUUGUAUGUUCCAGCCAAUAUGCCUAGCAGGAAAAGCAGCUUUUGCAACACAACCAUACCGGAUUCCAAGGAUGAGACUCAACUUUGAUGAACCCAUAGCUUCAUGCAACAACUGACUUCUUAUUUAAUGUCUGCCUAAGCCAUCAAAACUCCGCAAGAUUUUUCAGCAACUGCCAUAGCUCAUGGUUGUCAUGACAUCUGUCUGGCACUGCACAAACUUAAGUGGGCACCGGUGGGCAUGCCAUGCCUCUAAGCUGUUCCUUUGGAGAUGUUUCUUUACCUGUUUGUUGAAUUUUAGGAACAAUGGGGACUUACAUGGAGACUGAGAGAUGUUUUAUAAAAACAGAUACAUUAUGUACAAAA